AACAUUAUACAGCAUUCAUGAAUGUUACAUGCCACCGCUGUUUGAUUGCGGGCGUAAUUUUUCUUACAAAUGUAAAUUUUUGUGUCUGCUGAGAGAGGAUUUUGAGCGGAAAAUCUGAAAAAGAGAACCGAAUGAGCCACUCGAUCACCUCAAAUCCCUACUCUUAAGGUCGUACAUUUGCGUGAAACUGAAAACAACUGCUGCAAUGGACAAGUUCAGUAAACUUGUAGUGGGGAUAAAAGUCGACAUUCAACGGACUGAUGGCCGUGUUCAUUCAUCCAUGAUAAGUGGUAUUAACCUGGACACUAAAAGUGUGACUGUGGAGUGGUAUGAAAAUGGAGAAACAAAAGGGAAAGAGAUUGAAAUUGAUCAGAUCUUUGCUCUAAAUCCAAUGCUUGUUGUUCAACCCAAACCAAAAUCCACUCCAUCCAACAAAAGAAUAUCAACCACACCCAGUAACAAGAAUGCAAGGAAUGAAAAUAACAGUGCUCCUUCACCAAAAGCACAUCCACCAUCAGCCAAGGUUGAACGUCCUAUGGCUCUUAACCUUGCCAAUGAUGAUGACGGAGGCUCUCAGAUGGAAGUAGCACAGAAAGAUAGCGCUGAGUCUUAUCCAGUGAACAGAAGACGCUCCAAUUGUGUUAAGGAAAUCGAGAGAUUGAAAAAGAACAGAGAGGAAAGAAGAGCACAACAACAGGAGCAAAGAGAAAUGAAACUGCGACUACAGCAAGAGGUGGAUCCUGGAAAUCCUAGUUGGGAAUUUAUACAAAUGAUAAGGGAAUAUCAAGCUGAUUUGGACUUUAAAGGACUAACGAUGUCUGACCCGGUGACGGACCAUCAGAUUUGUGUUUGUGUCCGCAAAAGACCUCUGUCAAAGAAAGAACUCAACAAAAAAGAAAUUGAUGUUAUCAUUGUACCUAAGGGUGACUACUGUGUGGUUCAUGAACCAAAACUGAAAGUUGACCUCACAAAAUACCUGGAGAAUCACAAAUUCUGGUUUGAUUACGCUUUUGACGAGAAUGCCAAUAAUGAAUUGGUAUACAGAUACACGGCCAAGCCGCUUGUGGACACGAUAUUUAACCAAGGAAUGGCGACUUGUUUUGCAUACGGCCAGACAGGCAGUGGAAAAACUCACACCAUGGGCGGUACUUUUACUGGAAAACAACAGGAUUGUACCAAAGGAAUAUAUGCUUUGGCCGCUACUGAUGUGUUCAAGUUGAGCAAAUCUCCUAAACACAAAAACAAGGAUCUUGUUAUUUCAGCCAGUUAUUUUGAGAUCUACGGUAGCAAGGUUUUCGAUUUGCUUAACAAGCGGAAAAGGUUGCGAGUUUUGGAGGAUGGAAAUCAGCAAGUUCAGGUCUGUGAACUGGAGGAAAAAAUUGUAAAUUCAGUACAAGAUACACUGAAGCUUAUAGAGCUUGGUAACAAACUCAGGACUUCUGGGCAAACAUCAGCCAAUCAAAACUCGUCUCGUUCUCACGCUGUUUUUCAGAUUAUUCUAAGAAAGAGAGGAUACAGAAAAGAUGGUGGAGGAGGCCAACUCUAUGGGAAAUUCUCACUGAUUGAUUUAGCAGGAAAUGAACGAGGAGCAGACACUUCAACCGCUGACCGGCAGACGCGUCUCGAAGGCGCUGAAAUUAAUAAAAGUUUAUUAGCUCUGAAGGAAUGCAUCCGAGCUCUAGGACGCAAAGGAGCACAUCUUCCUUUUAGAGCCAGCAAACUUACUCAGGUUUUGAGAGAUUCCUUCAUUGGUGAAAAAUCAAAGACCUGUAUGAUCGCAAUGAUUUCUCCUGGCAUGAGCUGCUGCGAACACACACUGAAGACUCUGCGUUACGCAGACAGAGUCAAAGAGCUCGGUCCAGAGAGUAAUGCAAAGAAGAAAGCAGCCCCUGCAGAUGGUGGACAAGAUGACACUAGCCCUGAAGAUAUGUCUGCCCUCUCUGGCGGAAGACAUCUUAACAACGUGGAUCUUGCUCUUCUUUGUAAUCACAGCGGCUCUGGUGAGCAGUCGCAAGAACUCUACACGUUCCAUGAAGCAGUUUCACAGCUGCAAGACGCAGAGGAUAAGUUGGUGGACGACCACAGAAAAAACAUCGAGGAAACCAAAAUGCUUUUACAAGAAGAGGACAAAUUGAUCGAAAGAGUGGAUAUGGAUGUCGACUACAACAUGGAAGACUACGUGCGCCGACUGGAUGAGUUGCUGGCUCAGAAGAUUGAAAAGUUCACGCAGUUACGAGAUAAAGUUAACAGGUUUAAAAAGCAACUCGAAGAGGAAGAAAUGGCGAGCAGGAAUAUUAGAAAACUACCGGGUUAUUAAGAGAAUUCAAAAUACCAGGGUACCCCUGGUGGGGUAAAGAACGACAUGAGCCCCACAAAACACAGACGAUGGCGAAGGAAUACGUUAUGAUAUGUUAUGCCGAUGUUGUCCCGUUCAAAUUUUAUCGAAGGGAAUAGUAUUUAAAUGAGUUAUUGUACAGGUCAAGAAGUGUAGAAAGGUCUACGCUGUAAUAACUGUUUUUUGCUAGUGGACUUGUUUAUUUAUUUAUUGCAUGAAAUCUUUGAGAGGAAUUACUCCUUCACGAGUGCUAGGAGAACAGAAAGUCGACCAGAGCACAUUUCGAUUGAGUGUCAGUAAAUCACAAGUGGAGUAAUCGCAACGGCCAAUCAUAAACGAGGAUAAUGUUUCAAGGAGCCAAUAAGAACUCGCUGCCUUAAGCGCUAGAAAACGCGAGUUGCCAAGUCGCUGCAUAUGACUGGUUAUGGGGAAAAUGCCUCCACCAAUUAGGAAGCGAAUAAAGCAAAGCCAAUGCCAUUCAGGAUUAUUAUCAACGUCAUUCAAUUAAAAUUGCUUUACGAAAUAAUGGUCCUUGAUGUUCAAUGUAUCAUAUUGUUCUAAAAAACGUUUCUAGAAAUGCCAGAUUAGUGCUUUAUUUCUUAUUUCACAGAACGAGAACUGUUUCAAAAUGUGAACAUACCGAGUCAUUUUACUCGCGUUUCAAAAAUGAAGACCUUGCACUCACCUUAUUGUUCUGCGUGAGACGUAAGAAUAAAUAAAACUCUUAAUGGCAGA